AUGCCGUGGCGAGCAGCGCUGCUCGCGCUGCUCGCGAGCCGCGCCCGCGGCUGCCGCUUCCUGGCGGAGCUGAGCGGUGCCACGGCGCCGGAGCCGCGGGCGCUGCAGCGCCACAGCUGCGAGGGCCGCGGAGGGCGUUACAUCGACGUGGCCGUGACGGCAUCCACCGGCAGCGUGGUGCAACGCUUUCCCGCGGCGGGCGCCCUGGCGGGCGCCUGCGUGGAGGGUGACGAUGCGGGCUGCGCAGAGGAUGCCGAGCUCAAACACCACGUGGACACGUCCUUCGCGAACGGCUGUCGCGAUGGCCACCCAACGCUCAGCCUGCUUUGGAUGCAGUGGCUCCAUGAGGCAGUGCCGCAGCCGUGGCAGCCGGAGGGCUACUUCAUUUUCAUGGAGAAGUUGAACGAGAGAAAAGUUCCCUUCGCGGAAAUCGUCAGUUGGGGCGCGCUCUACGAAUGCCCCGCCGCCAGCUGCGCGCUGCUGGCGCAGCUGACGCUGAGCUCCACUUCGCCGCAGCAGUUGCUGGCCACUUUGGGCCUUCCAGCCGAUGACGACCUUUUCCUGGACUUGGCACAGCGAAUGCAGUUCUGCUACGAUGAGAUGUUGACCAAUCCGCACCAGCAACAGUUGCUGACCUGGCUGGGCCUCAUCGUCGCAGCCCUGGAACUGGCUUUGUCCAAGGUGCGCGCCUGGGCCAACGCACUGCGGCCGCGGAACCCGCACCACGAGGAGCACCGCCUGGUGUGGCAUGACUACUACAGUGGUUUGUACCAAGCAGUGAACUAUUCCGAGCAGUUCGACCUGCAGUGGAAGCUGGCAUUAGAACGGCCCGGCAGCGACUAUGCCCUGGAGUCGUCGGUUCGCUUGGACAACUGCGCGUUGAACGAUAUGAUCGCCAGCACCUUUGGGCAGCAGGACUAUCUCAACUGCACGGAGACGCAACGGGAAGAGCACGAACGUUUGGAGCGCGGCAUCAGUCGUUCGAACUUCGUCACGCUGGACGUCUCGCGCUUCGUCGGGAGCGAGGCGCUGGACGUGGGCUGCGGCUUCGGGCGAUGGACGGCGAUGCUGCAGAGCAUCGGGGCCAAGGUGACCUCGGUGGACGCCUCGCCCCACGCGGUGAAGUCCACGCGGCGCUUCAAUCCCAACACGCAUCAGAUGUCGCUCUUCGAGCUGCCAUCCCUGGAGAACUUCGACAAGGGUUUUGACCUGGUGAUUUGCUGGGGUGUGUUACAUCACACCCAUGAUCCUUACAAAGGUUUCAAGAUCGUGUCCUCGGCGUUGCGCGAGGGCGGCGUGCUCUUCAUCCAGGUUUACAAUGACCGCGCGAAGGCGGGUUUCCACUACACCCAGUCUUUUCGUACGCGAUUCCAUCAGUUGGAGACGGAAGAGCAGAAGCUGGAGUUCCUGAGGAACACCCAUAGGGCGGCGGGCGCGGACAUCUUCGACCAUCUGGAUGGAAUGCUGACGUUUUACAACUGGGUGAUCCAUGAAGAAACAGUCAGAAAUUGGUUUCUCACCAACGGCUUUGCAGAAUUUCGGGGCCAGUGACCGGACCGGCUACUGAGUAGGCCGUCAUUGCUCGUCUUGCUGGGUGAAUUUACAGGAAUGUAACAUUCCUAUACACAACUGUUACCAUCUGAAAACUUAUGAUACUUUAAUGUAGCUGUGGAAAAUCACGAUUUCUUAAUAAGCAAAUCAAUGCAAAUCAUCAUACAGAAGAUCACCACAUCAAUGGCACUGUCACUGCCAGUCUUGUCCUAAGGAUUACUGGAAGGUUUGGAACUACAAAUACCUGGGCCGCAAGCGACCCCUGCUAGCGCCCGUACGAGACGAUCAGGGUAUUUUGCUGAGAAAUGAUAUUGGAGAGUCGGUGGAGGAGGGUCGAAACUAUCCCAUCCUGAGUCCUUAGCCUGUGUGGCAGGGCAACCAUUUGCGGAUGAAAUGCAGAAA